GCAACCGAUUGAUGAAGUUUGCUGCGAUUGGAGAAGUGAUGAAAAUUCAGCGAAGAGAGGACGGGUCUGUCGCGAUAUUUUCCGCAAAAUCUCCGUGAAAAAUCCAUGAAAACGCAUGUUGGCGCGCAGUGAGUGCUCCAGUGGUGCCCCAGGAAUGUGCAGUGAGUGCUAAAGUGCAGAAAAAGCGUGCGUGAGUGGUGGGAAAAGUGCGUGAAAAAAGGCCAUUUGCGGGAGUGACAGCAAGGAGUGUUUUUUUUUGUGAGUGUCCACCGAAAAGAGAGAAAGAAGUCCCCUCACUCCCAAAUUCUGGGCAAUUUGUUGCAUUUACUGGCAUUGGGGCUCGUGAAUAGUGAGCUGGACUGAGUGUGAGGGUGCAAAGUCCUCCAGAGUCACUGUUCCCGCCUCAGAUUGGCUGUUUUUCUUUUCUUGUGUCUGAGAAUUUGUGAGGGCUCCAGUGCUCGUUUGCUUGGGUGGAUCCCUGGGUUUGAGCCUGUGUCAGUGCCCCAAGUGCCCCAAAAGUGUUUCAGGUGAUUUGUCCGGAGGGGGACGGAGUGGGCCAAGAUGACGGAAUACAAAUUGGUGGUUGUGGGAGCUGGUGGCGUUGGUAAAUCCGCCCUCACCAUUCAAUUGAUCCAGAAUCACUUUGUGGAUGAAUACGAUCCCACCAUUGAGGACUCGUACAGGAAGCAAGUGGUAAUCGAUGGUGAAACAUGUCUCUUGGACAUCUUGGAUACAGCCGGCCAAGAGGAGUAUUCGGCAAUGAGGGAUCAGUACAUGCGAACAGGAGAGGGCUUCCUGCUCGUCUUUGCAGUCAACAGUGCCAAAAGUUUCGAAGAUAUAGGAACAUAUCGUGAGCAAAUAAAACGUGUGAAGGAUGCAGAGGAAGUGCCGAUGGUUUUGGUGGGAAACAAAUGUGAUUUGCAAGCAUGGGCAGUUGAUAUGAACCAAGCGAGAGAUGUGGCUAAACAGUACGGAAUCCCAUUUGUGGAGACGUCAGCAAAGACAAGGAUGGGCGUCGAUGAUGCAUUCUACACCCUCGUCCGGGAGAUUCGCAAAGACAAGGAGCAACGGAAGAAGAAGAGCAAAAAUCCCAAAAACGGAUCUCAUCGUCGUUUCAAAUGUGUCCUGCUUUAACUUUUUUUUUGUCCUCCCAAUAACUUGCGUCUAGUUCACAUUUUUAUUUUAUUUUAACAGUUUUUUCUAUGAUGUUUUUUUUUCGAGAAAAUGUUUUAAGGUUUUUAUUUUAGCAGAAAAACAAAAGUUUCUUUUCAGAAUUUUUAAACACAGAAAUGAUCAAUUCUGUGUGUCCCUUGAGAGAGAGAGAAAAAGGGGAUUUUUUCUCUUGGCCUUUUUGGGAAGAAUUUUCUUCUUGCGAAGAGAAAAGAAGAAAAUAUAGAGAAUUUCUGUGGUUAGAGGGGAAGAUAAAAAAGGUGUGUUUAGUUUAUUCAAUGUAAACAAAAGAAAUUGUGACACAAGAGACGCGACAUUGAAUCCCAAAAUAAUUCAUCGACUUUUUUGGAAAGAAAAAGAAAUAAGAAAUUUUUUGACUUUAUUGUAUAGCUAUUAAUCAUUUAAUUGUAGAAUUUAGGGAUGGAAUUUUGCAACAAAAAAAAGGAGAGGAAGAAAAUAGUGGAUCAAUUUGUCACAUGUGUAAUAAUAAGUUUAAAGUAUUUUAAUUGUCCAACGAGUAGAUUUUAUCAUUAAGUAGACAUACAUUAAUAAAA